GGGCAGGGGGGUUGGACUGGAUGAUCUCCAGAGGUGCCUUCCAACCCUGACUGUUCUGUGAAAAUUAGAGGACCUGUCUAUUUGAAUUCCAGGUUCACUUACUGAUGUAAAUGCAAACUUGAGAUUAAAUUUCCACUUAUUAAGUCAUUUAAAGGCAACUGCAAGUGCUCAGCUUGCCUGUGGUGUGCCUGGUAAGGCAGGCUGAAGGACAGUAGCAUUGUAAAUUAAGGAUUGCUUGAUCUCUGUGCUUCUGUUCAUCUUGGUUACAUCUGGUACUUUAGAAGACCACUCAUUCAAUUUAUUUUUUUUUUUCAAGGCAUGCCAGAGAAUUACAGAUGGAAAAGGAAAAGCCAAGGGAAGUCUUUUAAGUACUACAGAAUAAAGAAAUAUGGUCUAAAUUGAGUUGUCUGUGCCAUGUAAUCACUGUGAAGUUUUGUAAUGGCAGAAACUAGGUCUUCAGGAAUCAAAAGAUCCCAAAUAAGUUUGUCAUUCAGUAAAAAUAAGAAGAGAAAAGAAACAACAAAAAAAGUGGAAGUUACAGGAACACCAUCUGCACCUUCAGCAUCAUCCUCUAUUACUUCCUUUUUUAACAAUGUCCCCCCUGCCAAAAUUAGCUGUCCCAUGUGUGGACAAUUGGUGCCAAGAUACGGAAUAAAUAAGCACAUUGAUGAAACAUGUCAGAGAAACCAUGGUGAGAUUGGUGCCGUUGAUGCUACACUGAAUUCUUUUAGGAGUAAGAAUCCCCCAGCUGCAAAUCUGAGCAAUAAUUCCAGCUCAUAUUUUUCAAAAAAACUCUUAAAUCUAGAAACAAGUCCUUCCAAAAGUAAUUUACUGAAAGCAGGAGGGAGUGCAGCACAACAGACUAGUCCUUAUUUUAGCAAUAAUAACUCAGUCUGUAGUGUUAACAAUGAACCCCAGGCUCGAACAGUUAGAACAGUCUCCUUGGGAAGCUUGUCUUCUAAACUGUCCAGAAGACGCUGUCUGCAGGGGGGAAAACAGGUCUUGUAUGAAGAAAUCAACUCUUCACCUCCCGCUGUUCACAGUGCCUGUGAAAGUGCUGCAGCACUGGAUGGUGAUGAUGAUGGUGAUGAGACUGAUGCUGGGCAGAGUUCUCAGAAAGAAAAUCAGCCUUCUCAGAGAGAGCACCAGGAACAAAAUUUUUCAAAGAGAGAACCUGAAUUUCAAAAUGAAAUAAACAAAUGUAGUCGAGAAGACCUUGUGGAUAUGGUUCAAGUACCUUUACUGGCCAAUAACAGCAAUGACAAAAGGUUCCCAUCUGGUACAAGGAGCACCAAAGCAGAAAGCAGGUCUGAAGGUGGUGUACUUAGUCCUGAUAAAUUUGAAACAUCUGUAGCUAUCGAUACUUCAGCAGAGCUGAGCAGUAAUUUGGAAGCUGAGACUCAGCCUCACACUGAGGUUACUCCUUCAAAGACAGAAGUGAACUGUGGGACAGAAAAUUGCUUUAGCAGGGAUGAUGCAGAAGUACUUCCUGUGGAAGUUCUUGAAGACUUUAAGAAUGAUAUGAACCACACUUUGUUAGAAACUGUGGAAAAGGCAGAACCACAGGAUUCCACUGGGGACAUGCUAGACAAGAUAGAUGAGGUCCUGUCUGUGCCCAGCUCUCCUGGUCACCCAUACUACCUCCAGAAUUUUUUACUAGUGCUGCGAGCAGUAUUGGAGAAUGAAGAUGAUGUCAGACUAUUUAAUGAACAAGAUUUGAACAUUAUAACCAAGUUCUACAAAUUAUCAGUUGGUGGGCAGAAGUUGUAUGUGAGACUUUUUCAACGCAAGCUGAACUGGUUAAAGGUGAACAAAAUAGAGUAUGGGGAGAUAAGUGUGGAUUUGUCACCAAUAAUUGAAGAACUAGCCGAAGCCAGAUUUCUACAAACAGAAUCUGAAUUGGAAGACCUGUGUGAAGGGUUGGAUUUGCUUUCAGCCCCUGAGCUAAAAACUCUGGCAAAAAUCUUUCACUUGCCAAACCCAAAUGGUCAGAAACAGCAACUUGUGGAUGAUCUUCUGAAGUUGUCAAAGCAGCGUUCGAUCUUCAGCAGGAGUCAGGCUGGUAUUGGGACAGUGAUUUUAAAAAGGGUGAAGGACCUGGCUGGAAAAUGUGUCAGGGUCUGCAAAGGUGCUCGGGCUGUCUUUUCCCGAAUCCUGCUGCUGUUUUCACUGCCUGAAUCACUGGAGGAGGAAGAAGCUGGCAGUGCUGGGCAAGGCCUGCUCUCCACAGUCCUGAGGGCAAACAUGGGGCAUAUGGUGUUCCCCAGUUACACAGUAAACAGGAAAACACAGGUCUUCCAGGACAGAGAGGAUCUCAUCAGGUAUGCAACUGCUGUUCAUCUGUCAAAUGAUAUAGCCACUGCAAUGGUAAAUGGGAACUGGGAAGAAGCUAAUAAUCUCUAUUUGUGUGCUAAAGAAACCUGGAACAAACUGAAGAAUCAUGCAUCUUUGAGCUAUCACAGAAUUUUACCUGAUUACCUGCGACGUUUCACAGUUGGCUGGGUGUACACAAGAAUCCUUUCUCAAGGAGUUGAAAUUCUGCAGAGACUUCACAAGUAUAAGGAAGCAGUGCAGCAGCUGCAGAGCCUCCUGGCCCAGGAUGUGUAUUGUACUGACAGCAGAGGGAGAUGGUGGGAUCGACUCGCUCUGAAUCUACAUCAGCACUUGAAAAACACUAAGAAGGCCAUUGGCUGCAUCCGGAGGGGGCUGGCAGACCCAGCCGUGCGCACCGGGCACCGCCUGUCCCUGUGCCAGCGCGCCCUGCGCAUCCGGGACUCCCCCAGCUGCAAGCAGUUCCAGGGCCUGCUGCAGGACCUGCCCAUCCUCACCGUGCAGGAUGUGACACACGUUACAAUCAAUGGAAAGAUGUGUCCUCAGACAGGAAUGGGAAAAUCUGUGUUUCUCAUGGAGGAUAUUGGUGAUGGAGAAGGAAGCGAAGACUGCAGUGUAUCCACAGUCAUGUGCUCGGUUGAGGAGCUGGCAUUAACUCAUUACAGGAGGAAUGGUUUCGAUCAGGGCAUUCAUGGGGAAGGCUCAACGUUUAUUACGCUGUAUGGGAUUCUGAUGUGGGAUAUCAUUUUCAUGGAUGACAUACCUGAUGUGUUCAGAAAUUCCUAUCAGACAGCCCCCCUGGAUUUAUACACUGACAGCUUCUAUGAGAGCAGGAGGGCUGUCAUUGAGGCCAGACUCCAGCAGCUUCACACAGCUUCUUCGGAGACACUGGCAAAGUUGGUUGCUGAUGUCUGGACCACUCAGGAGGGAAAAGCAGCAGCCCUGGUUAACUGGGGACGUUUUAUUUCCCUCCAGCAAGUCCAGAGCCUGGUCUCUUGCCUUGGAGGAGCGUUUCUGAGCGGUGUUUUCCGGCGGCUUUCCAGGGACCUGCGGCACUGCCGGGGGGGACUGCCCGACCUGCUCGUGUGGCGCUCCCACAGCCGGCACUUCAAGCUGGUGGAGGUGAAGGGCCCCAACGACCGCCUGUCUCCCAAGCAGAUGCUGUGGCUGAGUGAGCUGCACAAGCUGGGGGCUGCAGUGGAGGUUUGUCACGUGCAGGACGUUGGAGGCAAGAGCAAACGCUUCAGCUGACAGAGGUUGGAUGAUGUGGGGAACUCGGGUGUUCUUAAAGGAACGGGCAGCACACACCAAUGGCUGCUGCUGAUUAUUAAAAAUAGUUUCUCCUGAAAUUCUGGUUUCUUGGAACAUUACCACAGUCCUUUUUAGCACAAAACAUAUAAUUUGAGAAAACUGUCAGUAUGAUUUACUGCAUGUCACUUUGCAUUCAGAGGGGCAAAGCCCUUCCCUUCUCUCCACAAACUCCUGACUUACUCUCCCAGAGGUAAUCUGGGGUUUGCCCAGUGAAGAGGAAGAGCUGCCUUCAGACUGGUACACCCCGAGAGCAUUUCUACAAUACAGAAACUGGGCCAUCAGGUCCUGCUCAUUUCUGUGGUGCCCUUGUGGCCUAAAUUCGUUAUGUUGGGCAAGUCUCCUUGCAAGGUGUGAGUUCAGCCCCUUGCCAGGAUUGUCAGGUCCAGUGUGGUUCUCUGCCUGUCCCCACUUACCAUUAUGUAUUUGAAUUUUGCACUUGUACAGAAACAGAUACAGGUGUUCCAGGAUGGCAGAGAGUAGACCAUAAAGCAUUAAUGCUGUUCUAAUGUGCUUCUGUGUAUGAAAGGAUAAUUUAACAGCCCCUUCUGUUGUAUCUAUAUUGCCUGUAUAAAGGGAAAUAUUCCUGGUAGUAGACAGGAGCAGGUCAGUGCCAAGAUGACCACACUCAGUAUAGUCAUUUCUGCCCCACAUAAAUCGAUGUGUUUGCUCAUUCAGAAGUAUGUCAGUCAACUGGAACUAAAAAGAUUAAUUCCCUCUUAAGAUGCCAAAACCCCAUGGGUUUCCCUUAAUUUUAACACACCACCAAUAUCUUUGCUCUGGAGUCUUCAUUCUCAUAUUGAGUAAGUUCCCUGCUAUCAGAAAUUCUGAUCACCAUGCAAACUGCAAACACUAUAACAGAAUAUAGCAAGAAAUAAGAUAAUUUGCACAUCGUUUUUAUUAAUCAUCUUACUAUAGCACAGUAUCCAUGCUACUCCUGGAAAAAAACCACAUACACACAGGUUUUUUUUUAGGGGAAGGGAAAGAAGACCACCCGAAGUUCACUGUGGAAAGGUACGAACUUUUAUUCACUCUAAUUUACUUCACAUUCACAACUCAGCAUCAGGAUUUUAUAAUCUUCCUGCCACUGCUACUUUACUCAGUAAAUCAUUAUCAGGCACAAAGGUUUUAGUUUUAGUGAAAUGGUGAACUCAAAACCAUCACAGCAACAGCAUCAGAAACCUACUGCCUAGAGCAAUUUGAGGUACAGAUUUCUGUCUCUUGGUUAGAGGCAAAUUUAAGAUUUCGUCCUUUGCUUAAAUACACGUUAGGAUAUUUUUGGUUUUAAUAUCUUUCCAUCUGAGACUAAGCCAAAAGGUUUGCCCAGCUUGCUACAUUUUCAUUAAAAUACAAGGCAGUUAAUUGAUCAGAGUGGUAUUGCAGGCAGGUGCGCAGAAGCACACGUGUAGGCCUGGGCAGACACGCACAGUUGUCAGUGCAUUUCUGGAGGCAGGACAGGUGUGACACAGGGCUGUGCCUGGAGGCUGAUGUGCCAGCGCAGUCCCAGCCCUGCACUGAGCCCAGCUGCUGCACUGGGGCUCCCCCUGUGUGGUACAAAGUCAUGAGUCAGCCAGGAACAGCUGCAGUAAUGCACAUUUUCUACAAACACAGAAGGAUGAGAUGCUUGGUAGCUUUUCUACUCUUGCAACACAGAAAUGGCAUUUAACAGUAUCUUGUUUUAUGGUGAAGAGAAAUUAAAAUUUGAAAAUACGUGUACAUAUAUAUACACAGACAUAUAUAUACACACUUGCAUGUCAGUAUUCUGUACACAGAAGUUAGAUACAUAAACACACCCCAAAAUUGCUUUUGAAAGCUAUUAAAGAUAUUCAGAACAGUCCCUACUGACUUGAUAAGGCAACUGUGCAGAGUGGAGAAUAUUUCACAAUCAACACUUGGUACCUGUCUUUCAAAAGUGAAUCAGAAAGCAUCGAGCUGUUUAACUCAGAGGAAGCAGCAGCAUCCACAGGCUCACUCCCACAGACACAGCAGCUGCUCAGAUUCCUCAGCAAGGCUGUGCAACACAAGGAAGCAGAACUUUGUCUUCAAGUCUAGGGAAAGGUGGCUCCCUUCCCUUCCUCUCUGCAGGAGGUGCCCACUCAGCCUCUCUGACUCCCUUUUUGGAAUGGUAUAAAAUUUCUUUCUAAGUCUGUUUGGCAAAUAGAUAUUUUGACAGGUUUUAUUAUAAAGGCAUAUUAAUUUUAACCCUCUCCCAUGCUAUAUAUAUAAAAUACAAAGACCUUCUGCAGCAUCUGUACACAUCUUAGAACUGAAAUGUAAAAAUGUCUGAAACCUCAUUAUAAAAGACUAUUCUGUUUAAAUAUAGUACCCAUUUUCCCCCCAAAGGGUACUAGCCUAAAGAUUUUUUUAAUUCCACCAGCUGCUUUUGUGGAGUAACUUAUUUACACAUUUUUGGUACCUUUAAACUGAAAAACUUAUACUUUUAAGGAAAGAAAAGAAAAAAAAAGACUAUAGUUUUAACUGUCAUUUUAAAAGAAAAUAAACUGGUACCAAAAGACACUAAGCACACAGGUUGAGGUCUUUAUGUCAAGUAUCAGGCCAGGGAAAGCAGAAAGCUAAUGGGAAAAGAGGAAUGGCAAAAGCAAACUAAUACAAAUGUUUGAAUAAUGAGCAAGUGAGAUGACUGCUCCAGCAAGCCUGGAAAUAAACACAACUGGUUUGUGGACCAUUUAACAUGCUCAGCUCAUCUUGCAGCAUAAUCAGGCAAUUGAGGUGAAUACACGUUUUUUCCUCACAAACAGUUGCCCAGAAGCACCUGGCAUUGUGUCACAACAGCCUGUGUCUGCCCACAUUGUGCGCAGCACACACACAACAGCUGCUUUGCAUAGGAACAGGGUUUGGAAGUUUUGGAAGGUAAAAAAGGAAGUCCUCCUCCCCUGACAUUGUUCACCCUUGCAUUUGCCUUGCCUUGCUUCCCUCUCCCAACUCCAGCAGUGCAAGCAAGGCACAGCCUUGGAGGUCAGGGAACAGCCUGGCAGCCAAACCCCACUUUUGUGAUUUAGGCUGUGCUGAAGAUCAGUUUGGGUUUACAAACAAAGAUCUCCAAAUCCUAUCCCCUCCCCUUUUUUUAAACUCAAAUACACUGCGUAAUCCCAUCCUGCAGCUUUCUUUUUUCCCCAUUGAGAAAACAGAACAGCUGAGUCCAUCAUAUAUAAGGCCUUUAGUGCCUUAACUGGUGAGGCAGCACUGGAUGGAUGGAUGGAUGGAUAGAGGCUCAGUGUCAGUUCAACAGCAUUGGUGUUUAUACAGAAAUAAUUUAAUACACAGUACAGCCUCACUGCUCAGAGAAGGCAGCUGACAGGAGCCUUAUCCUAUGAGAAUGACACAUCACUGUUUGUCCGACCUCCUGGAAUUCUUCACACUGCUGCCUUUCUCCCUGUGAGUCCUCUUAUGGACAGCAUCCAAGGAGAGGCAACAUUUAAAAACGUUU